AUGGCAGAGACACAGGAGCUGCUGCUGCAGCUGCAGAAGGACAACCGCGACGGGCGCCUGCGGAACCAGGAGCUGGAAGAGCUGGUGCGUGGGCUCGAGGCCGAGAGCGAGAGCCUCACCGGGCGCCUGCAGGACCUGCGCGAGCGCGAGCGCAGCCUGCAACGGAAGCGCAGCCAGACGGCGCAGGCCCUGCGAGGGGAGGUGCGCGAGGCGGCACGAGAGCGCGCCGAGCGGGCGCGCGGGCUGCUGGAGGCGGCGGAGCGGCAGAAGCGGGAACUGGAGCUACACAACCGGCAGCUGCAGGAGCAGUGGGAGGAGCUGUCAAGCCAGCUCUUCUACUAUGGAGGGGAACAGCUGAGUCAGCAGCGCGCGGAGCAGCAAAUGGGGACCCAGUUGGUGGCCCUGCAGAAACAGCUGGAGCUGGUGGAGGCCAAGCAUGCGGUGCAGGCAGAGGGCCUGCGACAGAGCGCGCGGCGGACGGAGGAGGCCUGGGCCAGCUUCCAGGAGCAGAGCGGAGUUCUGCAGGAGCUGCAGGGGAAGGUGAUGGAGGCGGCGGCUGCGCUGGACGCCUCGCGGGGCGGCCCGGAACCGUGGGACUCGCAGCCCCGCCCAGUACAGGACAGCGCGGGCUCUCUCAUGGAGGAGGUGGCCAAGGCCGACUGUGAGACGCGGUUGUUCGGCGCCGCAGGCAUCAGGUGAGUCCGGCUGUGGGCGCUGGGCGUGCUGGAGACGCUGCUGCUGCUACCGCUCGGCUUCCUGACGCUUCCGCUUUUCUACUUGGUGCUGGCGAACUCCGCUGCGCUCCGCCGUGGACUCCCACGCCUCAGCUCGGCCGCCGCGCUCCGCCGCCUGCGCUACACGCUGUCCCCUCUGCUCCAGCUGCGCUCGCGCGGGCUGCUACCCACCUAG